GGUUAUAUUCCCUCUUUCCUUUACCGUUAAGGUUUUUCCGCUGCUCUUUCUCAGCCUAUGCAGUCAUGUGCUAUGUAACAACAGUGAAAACAUGUUGAGAAAUGUGUCAUUAGGCAAUUUCCUCAUUGUGCAAACAUCACGGAGUAAACUUAUACAAACCUAGAUGGUAGAGCCCAUUGUUCCGAGGCUACACACUUGUACAGCAUGUUCCUGUACUGAAACAUAUCUAAAUGUAGAAAAGGCAGAAUAACAAUAUGGUAUAAAAGAUAAAAAAAUGUUACACCUGUAGAGGGCACUUACCACGAAUGAAGCUUACAGGACUGCAAGUUGCUCUGGGUCAUUCAGAAAAGAUGGUAUUUGCAGUCUCUGGCAGCAACGUGAGUCUCAAAAUCUCCGAUCUGCCUGAUAACCCUCAACGUUUCACCUGGUUUUACACGAGGAACCAGAAAAUUUUGGAAUGGGAGUCCAACAACUCUAGUCUUUACUACUUCAAAACUAAAUUUAAGAACAGGGUCACGUUUGAUCAUCAAGAUGGCGUGCUCUACAUCUAUAAUGUCCAUAAAAAUGACAGCAGCACCUACAUCCUGAAGGUGUUGAAGGAUGGACUGGAAGAUACAUGGACCAUCCCACUGAAAGUGUUUGAUCCUGUACCUAAGCCUGUCAUAAAAAUUAAGAAGAUACAGAAAGUGAACAAUAGCUGUCAUCUGAUCCUUUUAUGUGUAAUCCUGGAUCAGCCUGUCAACUGCACCUGGUAUGGGGACUCAGGACUCCUUCCAGAAAAUCUCCAGCGUAAUGCACUUGAAAUCACUGUUAUGCCAGAAAACUACUCCAAGUUUUACACGUGUCAAGUCAGAAAUCCUGUGAGUGACAACAAUGAUACCAUCUCCUUCACUUCAGCCUGUCAACUGGCCCAAUCCUCUGGAGUAGCUUGGACUGCAGAGUUCCUAGUGGUCAUGAUACCAACCAUUGUUGGUCUCCUAUGGAUCUGAGACAGACUCUGCCAACUGAAAGGUGAAACUUGAAGACCGCAGGAUCUUGCCUUCAUCAACAACCAUGCUCUUAAUCUAGACAGAAGCUCUGCCUCUAUGGGAUGGAGAAAGUGUGUUACAACAUCUAUAAAGAUUUGCAGAUUAACUUUUAAAAGAUCAUGACUAUAGUAUGGUGAUCACCAGAGAAAAAGAAGGGGUUGGGGGAGAUAAAUGAGGGAUAAAUGGUGAUGGAAGGAGACUUGAUUUAGGGUGCUGAACAUAACAA